UGGAGGGCUUGAGUGGAUGUGGUUCAGAAUGAUUUUGCGUCAAGCGACGUCCAGCGCCGAUAUCGAGAUUUUUGCGACGCGGGGCCCUUAACACUCUCGCGUUUAAGUCGGACGACACCUAAGCACUUCGACUUGUGAAUGCGAAAUCAUUAAUCUCCAAGUGAACGCCGCUAAGCGGUCUUUCGAGUUAUGAACUCCUUCCCGACAAGGAAGCGCGUUGAGACACUCGGGUCCCUGUCGCAGAAAAUCCGGCGUCGGACGUCGCUUCGGCAAAAAUAAUUUCGUACCACGCAUAUCCAGCAGGCCCUCCAUGUUGCGCAAGGAAAUUGCUGAACUAAUUGAAUUUCUCAAGGUAAAAUAGGUAGAAAAAGCGUAAAGUUCGACUUACACACAACCUGCAGACGUGAUAGCAUCGGAUUGUGAUUUGAAUAUACGAGAAAACAUCAUUCUGUUACCCGGAAACUCAAGCACAAAACCCUUUUAACGCGAUAGCGUUCUCCAGCUGCCGUUUGAGGUCUGUCUGAGUAGGAGCAGCGCGGCCCUCUCGGUUCCUUGCACACCAUCAAAAAAAAAAAAUAAGAACCGCAAAGCUCGCCUUCGUACAUAGCCUUCGCCGCCAGCGUUUCCCGGUGAGCAUUACGAUUACAUAAGCUGCAGUUGCCAGGAAGCGUGAGAGGCACUCAGGGAUCUUUGAAUGCUAUCGCGUUCCACUCUUAAAGGCGAAGCUUACUCCAAAUUUUGAUUUGGCCUUGCUGAGGCGCAGUUAGAACGCAGGCGAAUGCUUGCGCAGACAAGGAAGGUGCCGAUAACGCAGGCUUCCGAGGGCGAAAGCGAGGGUGACGUAGCACUGUGGCUGUGCCCUCUCCCUUCGCGCAACACCUGGCACGCUGGUGUUCCGUCUCGCGCGCUCUGCGGCGUCGAGGCGCGUUCGUGACGUGGCGUCGAAGGCAGUGAGAACUCCGUCGAGGCGCGCUCGUGACGCGGCGACCAAACCAAUGGGAAACUUCCUUGCUAUUUGGCUGCUGCAGAUGACAGACACGGGAUUUCUCGCUCAGGGAGUCAUUUCACGUUUUCGCAUCAAAAUAAAGUGAGAGAAGCAAGGACUGUAAAUUGGUUUCAAAGAACGAAAACAAUAGAGUUCAUGGAGGUUUACAAGUACGGCAAGAAAUAAAUCAGGAGAGAAAGAACUGUGGAAUAAUACAAAGAGCAGUGCCUUGCUAUUCGAGGCUCGAGCUGGUUGCCUGAGGACAAAAACUGCCGGAGCAAUUAUUGAGGCGUGUGUCUGCCAGAAACGACUUGGCAUGUCGUAAUGAAAUGCCAAGAUAUUCACCUUGUUCACGCGUAAUUGUAGCUAUGUAGUCCAUACCGGUUGGGCUCGCUGUUCUUCACCAUCGGGUUUAUUUACAAGCACCGUUUGUUGUAUAGCAUUGGGCUACAACCUGACUCUGACGUGCGCCACAUGCCGAACUCUAAUCUUUAAGCUGGUCUGUCAUUUCUGAAAUGAUGAGGGGUUUAUUGUCUUUGUUCAAAGAAAUCGUCUGCCUACCAUAGCACAGCUAAGUGAAAUAUUUUACUGAAUUUCUCACGUGAUUAGGUUCGUGGAGUACCUGAAGUUCACAUAUGCAAGAAAGGCCGAUCUCGGUGACAUGAUCAUAAGCAGAAAAUGGGUGAGUGUGCAAGGCGUAAAGGGCCCGUUCAACAAGGCUUACGAAAUUGCAUCUUCUUACGAAGCUCUUGCACAAAGCAAUCGUUGAAGGUUUCGCGGAUGAUAUAUAUACCUGUGUAUAUAUAAAAUACGAAUAAAUGCUGCUGCUUCCACCCCCUUAGCUGACUUUCCCACCUCGUGGAUAAAGGAGCGCGUGAAUUAAGCUUUAGAGCUAUACUUUUCAAUGCGAUUAGCAUUAUUCGGGAACUUCAUCCAGCUUGCGGUAUGUCAAUCUGUAUGUCUGUUAUUUUUUCUUUCUUUUUUUUAUUUGUCCUCGGCUAAUCUCUUUCACGACAACUUGGCUCUCUUGGUUGUCCGUGGUUUAAUGGGUGGAGCAUCGGGCUGCUGUGCGGAGGGAACCGGGAUCGAAACCAACCGUCGGACCAACUUGGGUCAGUUGUAACUAUAACACCUGCAAGUUAUCGUUGCCCUUGGUCAAAGAGCUCGCUUCCCAUAGCACGCUUCGUAGCAGUGGGUAUGUGCCACUGAGUAUAUGCCGCUGGUAAUGGUGCACAACCGGCGCACCAUUUACACCAACCACACACCCAUCAAUGAAUAGAUUGCUAAUCGCAUUAACGUCGCCUGUGAUCUCCGAAGAAUGGAUUCGCUGCCACUUUUUCAUCGCCACGGAUUCGAGAUGGUUUUACGUCACCCUGCGACCAUGCCGCCCGAUUACAGAAGCCAGAGUAUUGGGACAGCGAUAGCUUAACCCGGCACAGUAUACGGCACCACCGCCGCAUCAAUAAUCGAAUUUCUCUGUUGUACUCCCGGUGGUCUUAACUGCAAUAGCUGAAAUCUCGAAAUUUGCCUUGUUUUGUCCGUUUCGAUAAUCGCAUUCUUAUCCUACUUCCCCCACUUUAGUAUCCGUUUCCAGCUUAAGCUUCCCGCUUUAGUUAUAGUGCUUAGGUCCUUUUUUAGCUUUCCCCACUACAGUUUCCCCACUUUAGUUGCUAACCUCUAGCGAAUAGCUGCGAGUGUGCUCCACAUGUGCGUGCGUGACUUAUCAAGUUGAGGCACCCUCUCUUCUAGCUGGCGAAGAAGACUAAAUUUUACACCGGAAAUACAUUCCCUGUGGAAUCGCACUGUAGUUCAUUUGAAGUCAGACCUGCAGAAGCCCGAUUCUAAAGGGUCAGCGGACCAAAUGUGGAUGCGGUUGGAGAGCCGCGUUUAGCCAAGCUUUCUUUGUAAAGUAGUCCGAAGAUGUAGCCGCUGUCAGUUGUAGCAUUGGGAAGCGUGUGUCUAUUAAUGCAAUUAGCAUCCCUCGCCUACUUCCUCUACUACAGAUUAUAAUUAAAGGUGUCUUCAGCAAUACGGUGACACUACAUUGCUUGAAUUCUAAUCCCAUUUAACGUUGACAGUCAUCGUGAGAUGGGUUCUGCCGGAAUUUUUCUUUUUUUUUUUUUCUGUUACGUUGACGGCCGUCGCCAUCCGAUAUUAUAGUGACAGGGGGGUGUUGUCUUUUCCUCGCAGCAUCUGUGCGCAUGCAAAACAAUCUUGUAGCUGAUCUCGAUGGCGUACAGGACAGUAACGGCGACUAUUACUGCGCCACAAAAAAAAAAAAAAAGAAAGGCACCGCGAAAUCACGCAACGCACUUUCUGUCCGACGAUUCGCAGCUACAACACAACUUCACGCUGGCCGUGCAGCGAUCGUUCUACGCCUCCUUCAACCCGAAGGGUGUCCUCAAGGACUACGCUGCGUACGAUUCGACAGGCAGCAUCGACUACGAUGACGGCGGCGGUGCUCACCUGGCUGUGCGCGACGAAUAUGGCAACGCGCUGUCCGUCGUUAUGAGCCUCAACUCGGAGUUCGGCUGCUUGUACCUGGCGUCUUGCGGUAUCAUGAUGAACAACUUCAUGGACGUGUUCACGUUACCACAGGGUAGAAACGGCCUGCCGCCGUCUAACUAUAACUACAUUGGUGCGAUGAACCGGCCCGCCACUACCAUGCUGCCAGUCAUGAUAACAAACGGGUUUAGAGGGACGCUGUUCGGCGUUCUUGGCGCGACUGGUGGUCUCCAGGGCGUCUCGGCCAUGGCGCAGCUCUUGGAUUGCAUCGGCACGUUUGCUGUAUUGGACUGCUUCCAAAACUACGUGCGAGUGCAUCCUUUCCCUGACAAGACGACGUUCUCGGUCAUGGUGGGCCCAAAAACGGAAAGUUUCGAUCCGGAGACGCAGCUGAAAACCUUUGGCCACAACGUCAUCAAAGGGUCCUUUACUGCGACGCUGAGCGGCAUUGUAGGGACGGACCGAAAUACGUGGCUGGGCGUGGCCGACAUCAAUAACACGGAUGGCGGGUCACGCGGUGAACGAUACAUUAAUCCAAUUGUGAAAAACGCGGCACGCGCAAGGUGACUUGGACGGCUUAAGUAGUCACACAGGUUUUGAUGACCGUUGAAGACUAGAUCUGUUUAGACAUUCUUUUGGUGUUUCGGCGACAAUUUUUCUCCUCUACCUGCAUUUUUAGAUAAUUGAUAUUCUGGUGAAUAUUUGCCUUAAGAUAACCCAUGUGUUUCUGAACAGAAGUAAUGACGCCUUCUACACCGAUCCGCCAUAGUGGCUAUUCUGCUACUUGCCAACACUUGAAUAUAACGCAACUGUUUAAAAUUCAUACUUUCGUCGCCGGCACUGGGGAUGCUCACCUGGGUAAUUAUUUGAUACAACUUUAUUGAAUUGCAUUUUUGCUUUGGAUGAACUUCGCUGCAACCAAGGAAGCCGGCACACUAUUCAAGCUCGAAUAAUAUUUUCCACGUUGUAUACAUGUCCGUGUCUGCAUAAAGAAAAUAAAGGGGGAAUUGCAAAA